UACUUAUAUUUAAAGUUGCACGGCCCAGACAAGUAGUGAGUCAGUUUGUGUUGCUUCAGACUUUGUGAAGUUGUUUUUAUUGCUGCAAUUUAAGAUGAAUUGUGCUGUGCUGUUGGUGUUGACUGUUUGGUUCGGCAGUCAGUGCGGCGGUAACGCUCUCUCCUCUUCAUGUCCCGCUCCUCCGUCUGAGUGGUGCUCGUCUAUGGACACAGCUAUCCAAUGCGGGGUUUUAAAGCAUUGCCUUCUAUCAAACGUCACUCGGUCCCAUCAGACUGAAAAUGCAGUCGAAGUGGGGCUUUACUAUGAGAGUCUGUGUCCAGGAUGCAGACUUUUUCUCGCUGAGAUGCUCUUCCCCACCUGGCUCUUGCUGAAUGAAAUCAUGUCUGUUUCUCUGGUGCCCUAUGGCAAUGCAAAGGAGACACCCGAUGGACAGAAGUAUGUUUAUGAGUGCCAGCAUGGAGAACAGGAAUGUUUGGGCAACAUGAUUGAGACUUGUUUACUGAACAUGACACGAAUGGCAUUCCCAAUUAUCUUCUGUAUGGAGUCCUCCACUGAUGUGAUUAAGUCAGCACAGAGCUGUGCUGCACUCUAUAGUCCUCAGUUGAACUGGGAUAAGGUCAUGGGCUGUGUGAAAGGGGAUGUGGGAAACCAGCUGAUGCACCAGAACGCCUUGAUGACUGAGGCCCUGAACCCUCCUCACAAUUAUGUGCCAUGGAUUACCAUCAACGGGGCGCAUACAGAAGAUCUGCAGGAUAAGGCUAUGACUUCCCUCUUCACUCUGGUCUGCAGCAUGUACAAGGGCACCAAGCCUGCAGCCUGUGGAGGGCCCCAGAAGACAAGCUACAAGACCUACUGCCACAAUAAGUGAAGGAGCAGCUCUGCACAUAUAUGCUUGCUCUGUUCCAGGUGUGGCCACUAAAUAAGGAACACUGAAUAAUGUUCUGAAACAUUUUUGUAACUGUGAUUUUACAAACUUGUUUUUUUUUAUAAAGGGAAAGCAAUCACCUCACUUUAAAAUACACAACAUGAAAAUACA